CCAGCAUUUCUAUUUACCAGAGUCUCGUAUUCGAAACUUAUAUACCUAACUCACCUUUCUCGACUUUAACAUUCUACAACCGACAUAAUGAGCUACGCUGAAGCUGCGGCAAAGGGUCCCAAACAAUCUCCCGAAGAGGUACUCGCGCUCCCAACAUCAAUCACGUUUAUAGAGACGAAGAGGGAAGUAAAGACCACUACCCAGGCUGAGCGGAUAGAGCGCGAGGAAGAGGAGUCGGAAGAGGCUCGCGAGAGGAAGGAGCAGGCUAAGAACAAGGCGAAAGCUAAAGCCCAGCGCGCUCGAGAGAACGGUGGCAAUCCUGUGUUCAUUGGAAACGCCGCUCUUCUGGUUCUUGUUGGCGCGGGUCUCGGAUUGGGCGCCUACAAGAAGCACACGCAGGGAAAGCUGUCGUGGGAGCUUGUUGGACUGUGGACAGGAGCUGUGGGGGCCUUUGGUGCUGUCGAUUACUUUGUGAGCAAAUGGCUUCUCCAGAACAAAUACCCUCCCAAGCACUAAGUGAGGAUUCUUGAGUUUUCUUUUGUUAGUUUUUAUACCAGAGGUUGCCGGCUGUUGAAGGGAUACUUUUCUAAGCAUGGGCGUCUUGAUGCAGUUUCGAAAUGAUUCUGGGUUAAUAACAAAUAUAAUUCUGCUUUCAAAUGAUCCGGC